UGCUUUAAUGCUGCUGCUCAGGGCCUUUGCAGUCACUUUGAUCCCACUCGGAUCAUCCAGCUGCAGCUCUCCGCGGUCAUUGCGAAGGAUUCGGACUAACCAAGCGCGAUGGGCUGUGUUCAGAGCUUCAGGGAAUUGUGCGACCGUCAAAAAAAUACCAAUGUUCGUAAGAGUCUCCCGGCAGUUUGCAUCGUGUGGCAAACAGCCAUGAUCAUCUUGUUUGGGGUAUUUAUUCGCUACAAUGAAGAAGCAGAUACGCACUGGGUCGAGCACAGACACACAAAGAAUAUAUCAAGUGACAUAGAGAACGACUUCUACUACAGAUAUCCGAGUUUCCAGGAUGUCCACGUGAUGAUCUUUGUUGGAUUUGGCUUCCUCAUGACGUUUCUUAAGCGCUACAGCUUCGGCGCUGUGGGUUUCAACUUCCUCAUCGCAGCCUUUGGCCUCCAAUGGGCGCUGCUGAUGCAGGGCUGGUUCCACUCCCUGGACUACACGGAUGGAAAGAUCAAAAUCGGAGUUGAAAACAUGAUCAACGCUGACUUCUGCGUGGCGGGCUGCUUGAUAGCCUACGGAGCCGUGCUCGGUAAAGUCAGUGCAGUCCAGCUGCUGGUUAUGACGCUGUUUGGGGUCACGUUGUUUGCUGUGGAGGAAUAUAUUAUCCUAAAUGUCAUACAUGCCAGAGAUGCCGGAGGCUCCAUGGUGAUCCACACAUUCGGAGCUUACUACGGCCUUUCCAUCUCCUGGAUGCUCUAUAGGCCGAACCUGGACCAGAGCGACCGUCUGCACGGCUCCGUCUAUCACUCCGAUGUCUUUGCCAUGAUCGGCACCCUCUUCCUGUGGAUGUUCUGGCCCAGCUUCAACUCGGCCAUCACAGACCACGGCGACGGGCAGCACAGAGCGGCCAUCAACACGUACCUGGCUUUGGCCGCAACAGUGCUCACUACUGUUGCCAUAUCCAGCCUCUUCCAGAAGCAUGGGAAACUAGACAUGGUCCACAUCCAGAACGCCACUCUUGCUGGAGGUGUUGCAGUCGGAACUGCAGCAGAGUUCAUGCUGAUGCCCUACGGCGCUCUGAUUGUGGGAUUCUGCUGUGGAAUCAUCUCCACACUGGGAUAUGUCUACCUCUCGCCUUUCAUGGAGAAGUACCUGAAGAUUCAGGACACGUGUGGCAUCCAUAACCUGCACGCCAUGCCAGGAGUCAUCGGUGGUAUUGUGGGAGCCAUUACUGCUGCAUCUGCAACAGAGUCUGUUUAUGGUGUUGAGGGGCUCAUCAACACCUUUGACUUCAAAGAGGAUUUCAAAGACAUGGUACCCUCACGGCAGGGCGGCCACCAGGCUGCGGGCCUCUGUGUAGCACUCUGCUUCGCUGUGGGCGGAGGUAUCGCUGUCGGUUGUAUUUUAAGACUACCUAUCUGGGGAGAUCCUGCUGAUGACAACUGUUUUGAUGAUGAGACCUACUGGGAGGUCCCUGAUGAGGAAGAGGACGUCCCACCAAUUCUCCAUUACAACAACCACAUGCGGAACAAAGACGUAGCGGAGUCAAAUUUCUCUGUGGAACAGAGCGCACGCUAGGCCUCGCCCUAUUGGCCGUCUGUCUUCAUCACACAUGAUCUGUUUGUAACUUUUCAUUUUCCUACUUGACAGGAUGUUCAUUUCACACAAUUAAUUCCCAUAUUUGAACUUUGUUUGCUUAAGACCUACACGAGUUGCACUUUGCUGUAGAUUCCUGUCUAUAUGACAUAAUAGUCAGCAGGUCACAUUGAAAGACAAUACACAAGCUUUUUUUUAGCUUGUUUACUGCUGUCAGCUUAAUUUGCUACACUAUUGUUUGCAUUGUUUCUUUUCCUUUUUAUUGCAGUUGGAAGCAUUAAAAAGUGAGAUUUAAUAAUUGUGUCUUCUGGAGAGGUUUGUAUGAUGGCUAUGGCUAUGUAUCAUGUUAGUUAUUAUGGAUUGUGAAAAUGAAAGCCUAUGGCAUUGGUUUUAAAUUUAGUAAUGCUAUGACAUAAAGGAUGUUCAGUAUCCUUUUACAUGGAGCCACCAUAGUGUAGCAUUAGUAAGCAUUAUAUCAAAUCUAAAUGUCUUUCAAAACCCCAUGAUGUAUUGUUGCAAUCACAAAAUAAUAUAUUUUUUAAUUGUAUUGUAUUGUGUUUUAUUUUUAUCUUCACCAGCCCCCCCCGUAUGGCGCUCGCGGGGGGAGUUAGUGAGGAAUGCACUCAUAAACAUCACAUUGUGGUGCACAAUAAACGAUUUAUCAAAUGUUUUGCUUUACGUAGA